CUACUGACUAAUUGAAGCAACAACAGACGAACUUUCGUAACUUUGAGAUGAAAUUCACCUCGAGGUUUGAGGCUUUUGGUCGGGAGUUGAUCGGACAAAGAAUUUUCAGUUAUGGGACCUUCUCCAAGGCUAGAGGAGUACUGAACCAUCUGGCUGGUGUCAGUGAAAACAAAGUGCGUGGAGUGCAAUCCUGUGGAUCCCCAAAUUUAUCUUCUGGUAAGUUUGGAGCAGUAAUAACGAAAACAACAGCAUCAGCCCAAGAUACUCCAGUUACAGUAAUCCUUGGAUGGAAUAGCUCCAGAGGAAAACAUCUUAAAAAGUACAGCAAGAUAUUUGAAGACAAGUCCUUUGACACCAUCUGUGUUCCAGCAAAACCAGUCAACACAUUUCUUAGACCAGGAACCAAGGUUAAAACAAUUGGUCUUUACAUUUUGGAUCUUUUGGUUGACCUUAACUGUCAAAAGAGGCCUGUGUUCCUCUAUGCAUUCAGCAAUGGUGGCUGUGCUUUGUUUUUUCAUAUUAUGGAAGUCCUCUCAUAUCCAACUACAGCAUACUAUCGGGCAGUACCAGUUGUUGGGACAAUCUUUGAUAGCUGUCCCAUUAAUCCAGACAUUAAAAGUUUGCAAGCCACAAGAGAGAGUGUUACUGACAUGAUCAAAAAUCCAAUCAUGAAAGCAGCAUUAUGGUACAGCAUGACUGUCUUUAUUCCUCCUGUUAUCUACUUAAAUGGCACUGUGAAACGUUUCAUGUCAGGUAUGAUAGAAUCUCCACUUCUAUGCCCACAGUUGAUUUUGUACUCAAAGACAGACAAGUUUGCUCCAUACCAGGACAUUGAUUCCUAUAUUCAAGCAAGGAGACACAAGGGCAUUCACGUUACAUCCAAAUGCUGGAACAGCUCAGAACAUGUUAAUCAUUACAGAGAACAUACUGACGAGUACUUACAGGAACUUAAUGCUUUCACUGAUUUUUGCUUAACUUCAUACCAUGAUCAGAAAAAGUGAAUUUUCAUCAUUAGGUAAAUCACACCCAAUAGUAGCCAACACAGUGAUUUCUCAAGUUUCCUUUCAGUAUCCGACAUGAAGUUGGCUUGCGGGUGGCCCCAAAAAAUAGAGUAACUAUGUUUGAAAUGUGGGGUUUUCAAUUGCUUAAAUAUUGACUAUACAAUGAAUGCAUUUUAAUAAUUAUUAUUAUCCUUGGUAUUAAAGUUCUCUGGGGUGAGUUACAAUGUUAGUUACCAUAUUUUAACAUCCUACUGGCAAGAUGAUGUAGGCAUGCUUAGUGCCCUGCUCUGCUCUGGAGCUAUGCAGGUAUGAAGGUCACAUUGUGAUUUCUUUGGGUUGCUAAAAAAUGUGCAAGAGACAAGUCACCUGAAAUGAGUUAACACCUGAGGUUGGGUUAGGAUUUUUGCAAUUAAUUUCUCUGAGGCCUUUGAUUCCAUGAACCACUUUAUUUGAUAAGUUUUUAAAAGUUUUUUACCAAUCCUUGCAUUGUGAAGUGAUGCAACCAUCUUUUAAGAAAAAACUCUAUAAAGUCUACAAAGCUCGGUAUGAAGUGAACUUCUCAUCAGAAAAAACAGCUUCAUAACUCUACUUAAAACUUUAAAGGUCAUUGAAUGGAAAAAUCGCUGAAACACUUUCUCAUCGGAACAAAUUAAAAUACUUCACUAUCAGAACCAACAGAGUCAUGUACAAUGAGGAGGGUGACAGUAUUAACAAAUGGUAAAACUGUAGCGCCACCGUACACAGUUGACUCCUACAGGACUUUCAGUCCCUCUACACGACUCCAAUCAAAACAUACGGAGUCAUACGGUAACGAGGGUGGAAGUAAUACAAAGUAAGUCUUGGUGUAAAAUAACUUUGAUUUGUAGCCAAGCAACUUUUGAUUUGUGGCGAAACGACUUCGACAUGAAGCUAAAUGACUUUGUAGUGAAAAAAAAACAUCAAGUUACAACAGCUGAUACUUUUAGCUGGCGGGCAACUUUUCUGAAAUUUCUUAAUAGUGUCCUUAUCACAGCCUACUCAACCUACUGGUCGCCUUACACCGAGGCUCUCGGUGGUCUGCACGGGGAUAUAGCUUCGACAGUUGAAAGUUUAUUUGUUUUCCAAUUUGACGGUCAACGGUUAAAUUUCAGUGCCUGUGAUGGUUGACAUUCACUCGAAGAUAUAUUUC